AUGAAGAGGAACCUGUAUAAGCCUUUACCAGAUGGAAAACAUCAUUUGCAAAUAGGAAAAACUUUCGAGUGUGCUGCUGAGUUUAGAAAGGUCCUUAUUGAGUAUAGCAUACAGGAGGGGUUUAAUAUUUAUAGAGUGAAAAAUGAGAAGAAUAGGGUUACUUGUGAGUGUGCAGCUAUGGGCUGUGGUUGGAGGGUUCAUGCAUCCCUCAUGGCUGAUAAUAUUACAUUCCAAAUAAAAACACUUCGGGAGGAUCAUUGUUGUACAAUGCUGUCUAAGAAUCCCAUGGUCACUUGUGAGUGGCUUUCUAGAAAAAUAGAGGAUAAAGAUGGCUUUUUAAAGGGCUAUAGGCCAUUUAUUGGAGUAGAUGAUUGCCAUCUCAAGGGGCAAUUUGGUGGAGUGUUGUUGAUUGCAGUAGGUGUGGAUGCAAAUAACAACAUUUUCCUAUUGGCUUUCUUUGUGUGUGAAGGGAAAAACUAUGACAAUCAGAUUUGGUUUCUCAAUUUGAUAAGUGAGUACAUAGGAGUCCAUGAAACAAGAAGGAUUUGUUUCAUGUCUGAUAGACAGAAGGGUUUGUUGAAGGCAAUUAAUGAGGUUUUCCCAAAUGCCUUCAAUUGGUAUUGUGCAAGGCAUAUCUUUGCCAACCUCAAGUCUCAUUUUCCUGGUGUUGAGGUCAGGAACUUGUUUUGGGCAGCAUCUAGGUCAACAAAUAUUAAGGAUUUUAAUGUUGCAAUGGAGGGUAUCAAGGCGGUUAAUUUGGAUGCAUAUACUUGGUUGAAGGACAUUCCAGUGGAUAGUUGGAGCAAGCAUGUAUUUGGGAUUGAUAUUAAAGUGGAUCAUGUAACUAACAACCUUACAGAAUCAUUUAAUAGUCAGGUUGAUAGUAUUAGGAACAAACCGAUUCUGCAAUUGGUUGAAAGCUUGAGGAGAAAAGUAAUGAAAAAGUUUAGCAAAAGAGAACAAAAAGCUAAGGACUGGCUGACAGAUCUUCCUCCAUUAGUUCAAGCUAAGGUCAACAAAUUCCAAAAGGAAGGAAGGCACAUUCGGGUUAUUCAUGCUGAAAAUUCAGAGUUUGAGGUUUUGCAUGAAUCUGUUAUAGUUUUGGUGGAUUUCAACAAGGCCACAUGUGACUGUGGAGUCCGGCAGAUAUAUGGAAUUCCCUGCAAACAUGCCAUGGCAUGUAUCACUCACUUGGGGGUCGGUCCUAUUCCAUAUGUGGCUAGUUGCUUGUCAAAGGAACCAUAUAUGUUGAACUAUGCAGGGAAGAUUCAUCCGAUACCUAAUGAAUUAUCCUAG